AUGAAACCGGCAGGCGGCCGCGGCGGCUGGGGCUGGGGUGGCGGCAAGGGAGGCAGCAAGGGAGGUGACUCUGGUUCGGGGGCCAAAGGAGGCUUUGGGGCGCGCACGCGGCGGCUUCAGCGCGGCGGCCGGGGCCGGGGGCGCGGCAGCGGCGGCGACAGCAGGGACCGCGGCGGCGGCGGGCAGCGGCGCGGCGGGCAGGCCAAGAACAAGAACCGCCGCAGGAAGGGCAUCACCGUGUCGGUGGAGCCGCAUCGGCACGAGGGCGUGUUCAUUUACCGCGGCGCGGAGGACGCGCUGGUCACCCUGAACAUGGUGCCGGGAGUCUCGGUGUACGGAGAGAAACGCGUCACCGUGGUGGAGAACGGCGAGAAGCAGGAGUACCGCACUUGGAACCCCUUCCGCUCCAAAUUGGCCGCUGCCAUCCUGGGUGGCGUGGACCAGAUUCACAUCAAGCCCAAGUCCAAAGUACUGUAUCUGGGCGCCGCUUCGGGAACCACUGUCUCUCACGUCUCCGACAUCAUAGGCCCAGACGGCCUGGUCUAUGCGGUUGAAUUUUCCCACCGCGCCGGCCGAGAUCUGGUCAACGUGGCCAAGAAACGCACCAACAUCAUCCCGGUACUGGAAGAUGCCCGACACCCGCUCAAGUACCGCAUGCUCAUCGGAAUGGUAGAUGUGAUCUUUGCCGACGUGGCCCAGCCGGACCAGUCCCGCAUCGUGGCGCUGAACGCCCACACCUUUCUGCGCAACGGAGGCCACUUUCUCAUUUCCAUCAAGGCCAACUGCAUCGACUCCACAGCGUCCGCGGAGGCUGUGUUUGCUUCCGAGGUGAAGAAGCUGCAACAGGAGAACUUGAAGCCACAGGAGCAACUAACCCUGGAGCCCUAUGAGAGGGAUCACGCUGUGGUCGUCGGGGUCUACCGGCCCCCUCCCAAGAGCAGCAGCAAGUAG